AUGAGGCUGGACUCGGUGGUCUGUAUUCUCACGGUCCUGGCGGCCGCAGCUGAUGGCAGAUAUCUCUAUCCUGGUCAGGACUCUGCUGCACAGGCCGCCGAAGAUGAUACCGUUCCCGGCCCCGACUACAUCCUCCACGAGGAGAGGAAUCCGCUGACGGAGCGUACCUGGACGCGCUCCCACCGGCUACACGAUGGGACGAUCUUGCCCAUGCGUAUCGGGCUCGUGCAGCAGAACCUGCACCGCGCCGAGGAGUUCAUGAACCGCGUCUCGCACCCCUCCAGCCCGGACUACGGCAAGCACUGGACGGCCGACGAGGUCGUCGAGGCCUUUGCGCCGAAGCGAGAGUCUGUAGAUGCCGUCAUGGAGUGGCUAGCUGCGGAGGGCAUCGAGCGCCAAAGGGUCAGUCUGAGCCUGGCGAGGACGUGGCUCAUGUUCAACGCCACGGCGGCAGAGGCAGAGGCGCUCCUCAAGACGCGCUAUCAUGUCUUUAAGCAUUCGGUCCACGGGCAUUCGCACGUCGCGUGCGAGGGCUACCACAUCCCACGGCACGUGGUGGAGCACGUCGACCUGAUCACGCCCACGGUGCACUUUGACAGCCGCGUGGGCCAGGGCCGUCGGAACAUCCGGCAGGAGCUGUCCCACGAUGACGCGACGGAGCUGAAGCGUCGUUCUGAAGAGCCCACUGCCGCAAGUCUGCUUGAUCGCCAGGGACGCCGAGGCCACGGUCUGCUCGGACAGCCCGGGGUCGGCGGUCCAAAAAAGGGCGCGGUGGUGGAGAACGCCAUGCUCGACCUCAACAACUGCGACCGGAUGGUGACGAUCGAUUGCCUGCGGGCGCUCUACUCCACCCCGCCGGGCGAGACGGCGGUGUCAAACAACACGCUGGGCAUUGUCGAGUACACGCCACAGGCGUUCCUGCAGUCGGACCUGGACAUGUUCUUUGAGCAGUUCGAGCCGCGGCUCAAAGGCAAGCCGCCGAUCAUCACGCUGCUGGACAACGGCGUGGUGCAGCAGAAGAACAGGUCGUUCAACUUCAACGGCGAGUCGGCGCUGGACCUGGAGUUCGCCAUGGGGCUUGUCUACCCACAAAAGGCCACUCUCUACCAGGUCGGCGAUCUGAACCAGGCGGCUUCCUUCAACAACUUCCUCGAGGCCAUCGACGGCGCCUACUGCGACUAUGACGGCGGCAGAUCCGUCGACCCAAACGUGGACGCGAACUACUCGCGCAGGGUGGCGUGCGGCACCACGACGCCGACCAACGUCAUCAGCACCAGCUACGGCUACAACGAGGCGGACCUGGGCGUCAAGUACGAGCAGCGGCAGUGCGCCGAGUACAUGAAGCUCGGGCUCCGGGGCGUGUCGAUGCUUUUCUCGUCGGGCGACGACGGGGUCGCCGGCAACUCGGGCCAGUGCAUCGACGCGGCGACGGGCGCGUACAAUGACGGCUCCGACGGCUACUUCAACCCGUCCUUUCCGGCCUCGUGCCCCUGGGUCACGGCCGUGGGCGCCACGGCCAUACUCAAGGGGUCGACGGUCCACACGCCCGAGAGCGCAUGCGAGCGCAUCAUUUUUAGCGGCGGCGGCUUCAGCAACGUCUUCAAGAUGCCAGACUACCAGAAGGCCGCUCUCGACGAUUACUACAAGGACAAUGCGCCGCCGUACGGCCAGGAGAGGUACAACAACUCCCGCGCCGUCAGGGGGUAUCCGGACGUCAGCGCCAACGGGGCCGACUACGUGACUGCUGUAAAUGGCAAGUUUACGCUGAGUUACGGGACUUCUGCAUCCGCACCCGUGUUCGGCUCAAUCUUGACGUUGAUCAACGAGAAGCGCAUCGAGGCGGGCAAGUCGCCGGUCGGGUUCGUCAACCCCGUCCUGUACAAGCACCCAGAGGUGCUCAACGACAUAACCAACGGCAAGAACCCGGGUUGCGGAACGGACGGGUUCAACGCGGUCACGGGGUGGGAUCCGGUGACGGGGCUGGGGACACCAAAUUAUAAACUCAUGUUGGACGUGUUUAUGAAGCUGCCUUGA